GGGGAGGGGAGGGUAGUACAGUUAAACAUUGCCACUCCAGCAGGUUGGAGCAAGUGACAGCAACCUGGCAUCAUACAAGAAAAGUUCAUCUUAAUUCAAGUAUCAGGAGGAGUAUCUGUCCUCUCUGCUGCAGGUGGAUAACUGCGCUCAGGUGAGCCGGAAGCGAGAAUCAACCUGUUCGAUGUUUCCCGUUUUGCUGCGAUCACCUGAAAACAGCCGGAUCAAUGAUGGGCGAUAAAUCCACACUGUGAAUGUUGGCCCUAAUGAAAUGGACCCAAGCUAAUGCCCCAAAGUCCCAGUCUGCUCUCCCUUUGCCCUGCUGGUCACGGGUAGAGAUGGCAGUGUGUCCGGAUGUGCUGGCCAUGCCUGGAGUUGUGGUCAGGAGUGUUCUUCUUCUUGCACUGAGCAAUAAGCCUGUGUGGGGGAAUAAUACUAUGCUUGAAAGUGACACACGUUCUAAUAACACUGCUGGACCCAACAUUGCAGCUAUCGUGGCCCCUACAGUCACCCUGGGUGUUCUGGCCAUAAUCUUGGCUGUUCUCGGCUGGCUCCUCUGCGUGGUGAAAAAGAAGAGACAGACUGAAGGGACGUAUAGACCCAGUUCUGAGGAACAGUCUGGUGCACAUGGUGUGGCAGUACCAGAUGCACUAAAGUUACCAAAAGAGGAAAGACUCAUUUGACAUUUUGUGCUUUAUGUUUCUACAAAGUCCUGCAAACAUUUGCAUAGCAGAUCUUUUGAGCUGAUUAAUGAAAGAAAAAUCUCUCCAGGUUUAAGAGAGCACAUAUUGCAAAGUUUGAGCUUUCAUUUCAACAAGCACUGAACGGUUCCUGCAUGGCACUAUGAAGAAAUGCCCCUGGAUGGAUCUAGCUGAUUUCAAGAACAAUUGGACAUUUCAAGGAGGUUUUGAACAAUUCCUCCCCACAAAUUACACAAGAGUUUCAGUAUUUUAUCAUCAUUAAUCAUUUUAGGUUAGAGCUGUUUUUUCUUGUUUUAGUUGCCAUUUACCAUAUUUUUGAUUUGAUUCAGUCUAUUAUGAAAUACUGUCACUGGCAAAAAUCUAUAGCAAUCUUUUACCUCAAACUAAUUAUUUGUCUUGCUGGAGUCCUAAUGAGUCCAUUGCAUCAAGACAGAUGUUUUUUAGUCAAAAAUGACUGUAAUUAAACAUGCAAAAACUAUUGAUUUUAUAAAGGAAGCUGUAUGUUAAAAAUUAGGUUAUACUGAGAAAAUAUAUUGAGCAAAAGCAA